CCGAUCCCCUUUAUAGCGCCACGCAUUGUCGUUCCCAAUCGCUCACUUCCGGAUCGAAAGUCUCCGGCCAUGAAGCUCUCGUGCCUUCUCCUCGUCUCCUUUUUUGCCGCGGCGUACGCGUCGUCGGAGAGAGCGAUCGCGGUCGCGGGCGCCGGCGGCCGCGGCAGCCUCUUAUCGGACCCGGAGCAACAGUGUGUGUACACGGUGUACGUGCGGACGGGAUCGAUCUGGAAGGGCGGGACGGACUCGGCGAUCGGUGUGACGCUGCUGGGCUCGGACGGCAAGGGCAUCCGGAUCGGUGACCUGGCGAAAUGGGGCGGCAUGAUGGGCGCCGGCCACGACUAUUACGAGCGCGGCAACCUCGACAUCUUCAGCGGUCGCGGGCCGUGCAUGGAGCACGCGCCGUGCUGGGCGAACGUCACAUCCGACGGUGCCGGCGCGCACCACGGCUGGUACUGCAACUACGUCGAGGUCACGGCCACGGGGCCCCACAUGGGCUGCGCGCAGCAGCUCUUCACGGUCGAGCAGUGGCUCGCCACCGACGCCUCGCCCUACCGCCUCUACGCCACCGUCGACAACUGCGGCCACAAGAAGGCGGCCAAGGGCCACGAGGCCAGGGCCGCCGCUCUGUGACGAGUCUAUGCACGCGCCGCGGCAUAGCGUGAACUGCACCCCGUGUGCGACAUAUUAUUGUUGUUGUAAAAGUAUGAUCUGCUGUUAGUAGUACGAUUUGAUCGAUGCGCGUGGUUAGUUUUGGCCGGCCAAUUUCUGUUAUUGAUACGCCGGAAAUAAAAGGUCAGCGUUCGUAUGGUCCGGAAGGAUCUGGUGGGAGUCAAAUUGAGGACAAGCUGUCUGUCAGCCUGUCAGUGUCAGUUCAUUUGCUCUUGGUGUAUACGUUUAUUUAUCAUCCCGGUCACUGUUACGCCGUAUUGGCAGAAUGGUACUCUCUGUGUCAGUUUCCGGUUAAGAUCUUCUAAUGUACUUUCUCCGUAUUAAAAUAAUGGAAAACGUUUUAAAUA